ACUCGCCGCCGACACUCACAACGCGCGAUCCGCCGCAGCGCGCCGGCAGUGCCUGCGUGGGCUAUGGCAACUCUGUUGGAAAUAUUUCCACUAUGGAGAUUGGAUUGCUUACUAUUUUUAGUGGCAACAGUAAGUGUACUCUAUGCUUAUAUGAUGUGGAAAUACAGGCACUGGCAACUACAAGAUGUGCCUUUUGUGAAACCAGUAUUAUUCUUUGGAAAUAUUGGUGAUUAUAUCACAAGAAAGAAAGCCCUUAGCUCUGUGUAUCAAGAUUUGUACAUGAAGCUGGAAGACCAUCCGUAUGGUGGUUUUUACAAGUGUCAUCAACCAGCAAUUUUAUUGCGAGAUCUGGAGCUAAUAAAGACAGUUCUAGUUAAAGAUUUCCACAAUUUUAGUGACAAUGAAUUCCAAGUGAAUGAAGAAGUUGACCCAGUAGUUGGAAAAAGUCCAUCUGUACAGCAUGAGGAAAGAUGGAAAGUCACAAGAAAUCUCUUGACUCCAGCAAUGACAGUAGCAAAAAUUCGACCAAUAUUCCCUCUGAUGAUGGAAGUUACCAAGGAGGCCUUGGUAUACUUAGAAAAAUUGCCAGAAGCCAGGAGUCAAGAUGGUGUGGAUAUUAAGCAGUUUUCACUUCAGUUUGCAACGGAUAUCAUUGCAUCAAGUGUCUUUGGUCUUAAAGGAAAUGCUUUCAGAGACCCGGAGGCUGAUUUUUGGAAUAUGGCACAAAACAUAGUAGUGCCAAAUUUAUGGAAAGACCUAAAGCAUUUUGUAGUUGUUAAAGCACCAAAGCUUGCUGAAAUUCUCGGAUUCAGGAUAGUUGAUGCUGAAGUGUCAGACUUCUUUUAUAGAGCAGUGAAACAUGUUGUUUCCUAUCGGGAUGAGAACAAUUUCAAGAGGAUGGAUUUCAUGCAAACGAUGAUGCAGAUACAUAAAACAGACUCAGAUGAGAGCACAGGUUACUCCUUAGAAGACAUCGCAGCGCACGGGACGAUGUUCUUCACGGAGGGGUGCGACCCGUGCGCGACUGCCCUCGCCUUCACCCUGUUCGAGCUGGCGCACAACGCGGACGUGCAGGAGCAGCUGCGGGAAGAGGUGGCGGCCGCGUCUGGGGCGGAGCUCACGUACGAGAAGCUGCAGGAGAUGGAGCUGCUAGACCGAAUCGUCUCUGAGAGCCUGCGCAAGCACCCGCCGGUGCCCGCGCUGACGCGGCUGAGCGCCGCCGGCGCCACGUUGUGCGGCCGGCCGCUGGAGGCGGACACCCCUGUCGUGGUGCCCAUCCUGGCGCUGCACCGCGACCCUGCCCUCUACCCGGACCCCGAGCUGUUCGACCCGCGCCGCUUCGCCGAACCCGCCGUCGCCGCCCGCCACAGGUUCGCCUACCUGCCGUUCGGCGAGGGACCGCGCGUCUGCCUGGGGAUGCGGUUCGCGCUGUCGCUGGUGAAAGUUGCGGUGGCAGGUGUGGUGCGCCGGUUCGAGCUGCGGCCAUGCCCACACACAGUGCUGCCGGUGGCGCUCAGCCCCCACCACCACACACUCACUGCUGCCCACGGGCUUCGCGUCACCAUCCUGCCCAGGCACGAGACGUGACUACUAUUUGCUGUACUGCAGCACCGUGUCGGCACCUUACAUCACCUGCUGCUUAUGGAUGCAGACGAUACCGCCCAGUCACAAAAAGUGAUGGCAGCUUGUUUUGCAGUUGGACUGUGGUGGAUAUCUAGAUCGUUACGCACUUGUAACUGCACCCAGACUGCCUCUCGAUACUCUUGAUAGCCACAGCAAGUGGUUAGAUGCCAUUGUUCCAGUUCAUUGUGGUGAGACUCAUUAACGCUUUUGUCUGCUGCUGCACAUGGACUUGAAAAGUUGUCACAACGUAUCUCACCAUGUUAACUAGCUCAUGCUGUAUUAUUCGUGAGUGGUCUACAACACCGCACAAAGUUGUUUGUUGGCUUCUUAUGCAGUCAUAAAAGUAUGAUAUAUGUUCCUAACCUCGCCUAUAGCUUAUGGAGAGAUUGUCUAAAGAAGGAAAAAGUUACCGUAUACAGAGUGCUUGAAAAGAAAAGUGUCACAUAUUAUUACAGGAAGUGCUGUUGAUCACAACUAGAAAAAAAGUUCCCAUAACUAGAUGCUCAGAAACCAACACCUGUUGUGAUAUGGGCCAGUCUGUCCUCUCACUCCCAUCUGUCUGUUACACAGAAGCAGAUGCUGUGGCCAUCAGCAUGUGGCUACCAUGCGUUCUGACACAUCCUUCAGCACUUAUUCGCAAUGAAUCAUGCACUAUUACAAAAACACUUACCUCAAUUCAGACUGCAUCACAUGCAUCAGUCACAUGCUCCUAUAAUCUAUACACACUGCCGAUGGAUUUAGCAUUCACCAGUGCCUUUAAAAGUCUCUAUAGCCAGAAAUCCAACGGACUCAGAUCUAGUGAAGAGGGAGACCACACUAUCGGACCUCCUUGACCAGUCUGCUGCCUAUCAAAUGUUGCUGUUAUGUACUGUCACAUGAUCUGUAGAAAACAGAGUGGCGCCGCAUCGUCCAUAAUCCACAGUUGUUGUCUUUCUAAUCUCCCACAGCGCAGGUAAUAUCGAUGGUGCACCUGUUGAUCUCUUUGAUAACAUGUAUGGCCCUAUGAAUCUGUCAUUCACAAUUCAUUUCCAUAGAUUGAUACUGAAGUGACUCUGAUGGCCUCACCUCUAUAAGUGCUCGAGGAUUUGCAUCUGCUCACAUGUGUGUAUUGUAGUAAAUUACAAUGCCAUCACUUGUAAACGAUGGGGCACCUCCCUAUUUUCUACAGAUUUGCGACAUUAGGUCACAGCAAUGUUUCAUGGGUGACUGAUUGGUCGAAGAGGUCCGAUGCCAAGGCCUCUCCAUCCGCUGGACCAGAUUUCUGACUACAGGCACAGUGAAAGGCAUCGUAGUACACUCAACUCUUCAACACAGUGUGUGUGAUACAGGAGCAUGUGAUCAAUGCAUAUGACGCAGUCCAAACGAAGCCAUGAGUAUUUGAACAAGUGCAUGAUUCGCUGCAAGUAAAUACUGAAGGGUGUGUCAGACAGAUGGGAGUGAGACGACAGACUGGUCCAUAUCUCAACAGGCAUUGGUUUCUUGACCUAUAAUUAUGGGAACUUUUCUUCUAGUUUUGAUCAAUACUACAUUAUGUUGGAAUAUGUUUCACUUUUUUAAAUACCCUGUUUACAAUUGGACAAAACGAGUGAAACACACUGAAGUUAUUACAAAAGUAAGUGUUUACUUUAGUCAUGAUUGAUUGUGAUCCAAAUCAACAGUUGCAGAAUAAUGUAACUCUAUUACUGAUGAAUAAGAGUAAUCUUGUUUCAGCAUCUGAUGUUAUUUAAUAUCUUCUUUUGGUCAAAAUUUAUAUCAGAUAUGUGUGUAUGAGUAUUACCCAUCACAUUACUUCUAUCUUGGUCCUCAAUUCAUUGGUACCGUUUCAUGCUGGGUACUGUUAAGGCUAGGUGACAAUGGAAACAGUAAUUCCAAGGAAGACGGGAGGCACUGUAUCUGCCACAUAGUGGAAAAGGAUUUAUUGUACCACAGAAGAGGCGGCUAGGCACCGCUGUAUUGAAAUGUAUGCUUAGAGCUGUGCUCAUCAACUUCCGAUACUUAAGAGACCACAAUUACAUUGGAGCCAUAUUUCUGUCAAUCCGAUUCAGUGUAGAUCGAAGAUCGAAUGACGUCAGAAGGAAUAAAAAGACACCCAGACUAAAAUGUAACUGCCUACACAGGAAGCGGAAACCCUACCCAACAACAUCUUAUCAGACCGACAAGUUUCGCGACCAGACAUGUUUGUUUCCAGUCAUAUCUCGGAGCCCAACAGCAUGUAAUGAUAACAGAUACUAUUCUAGUUCAUACACAGUUAACUACUAACAGUCAUUUAUUAAUAACACCAAUAUUAGGGUGAAAAUAUAGCCUAGUUAGCAUAGCGUGAAUUGUUAUUUCUUUUAAAGUAAGAGCUACACAGGCAUUUCUCUGUAACAGAAACAAAUUUCUAAAUCUUAUACCACUCUUAAAUAUUAAGAGAAGUAAUAAUUCAUUUUCACUGAGGGUAAUAUCUGAUAUCUUCAAAAACAAUUAUUGUUGUCCUUAUACAUAUAAGAUGGAUCACAGUUUAUAGUGACACUUGACACUGUGAAAGUAUAUGAUAAGAGAAACGAAUGUCUUACAAUAAACAUGGGUCCGUAAGAAGUUAUUUAGGAGAUAACUAACCUUUUCCCAAUGGUUUUUCCCGUUUGUAAGUUUGACACGUGUGGAACACAUCUUCUCCUCCCCUCUCUGUGAGUGCCUUGUCCGCCCUUUGUCUGUCCAACUCAUCUUCCCACCUGUAUCUGUCUAUCUCCUUCUCCCCAUUCUCUCUGUUUCCUCAUCUCCGUUCUAGGCGCUUCAGUCCGUAACCGUGCGACUGAUACAAUCGCAGGUUCGAAUCCUGCCUCGGGCAUGUAUGUGUGUGAUGUCCUUAGGUUAGUUAGGUUGAAGUAGUUCUAAGUUCUAGGGGCUGAUGACGUCAGAUGUUAAGUCCCAUAGUGCUCAGAGCCACUUGAACCAUUUUUGAAUCCUCAUCUCCUCCUCCCCCUCUGUCAAUUUCCUCCAUCUCCUCUCUGACCAUAUCUUCCCCCCUUCCCUCUGACUGUAUCCAUCUGCCCCUUCCUUUCCAUUCUGCCUUCCUUUCCACAUUCCCACUGCCCUUCUAUUCCUACCAUCUGCCUACUGCCCCUCGAUAUCUUCUACCUGCAUCAUGCAUCUCUUCCUCCUCCUCUCUCUUGCUCUGCCUAUUUCCUCCUCCUCUCACUGUCCAUCCACUCCUCUGUCCAUCACUACUGGUCUACAGCUAUGCUUAUCAGAAUAAAGCUGGUCGACACUACUCGCACAAUACGCUUGUCAUGCAGGUAUGGUUACGCACCAGGUGUUUGAAAGUCAUUUAUUUGCUCCUGAGACACAGGACGCCAAGAAAAGCAAGUCGAUAACGCAGACCAACACAACACACCUGUCAUGGAGAGCAACAUACAUGUUGGGGCCUGGAAAAGCAUUUCUUGCCACUUGCAAACCAUGUUUAUUUGGCAGGCCAAUACUGUUCCCACACAACAUGCUUGUCUCGCAGGGCAGCCUAUACCUCAAGGACUGGAGAAACAGCUUUUACUCAUAUCUCCACUCCUAUUUGGAGAUUGUAAGCCCAUAGCGCUGAUACUUGUGAGGCCUGCUGUUUCUGUGCCACAUGUGGUUGAAAUUGAUCCAGAGGUUUGCGAGGAGUACCAGACAUAUAUGUGGAUGUACUCUGAUUUAUACUCUGUAUAACAGAUUAUGAAUGUGUGUUUAUGAACUGCCAUUAACGUCUGUGCAAGAUGUUGUCCUAGUUAGUAGAAUUGUAUCUGAAAUGUAAACUUUCUGAUUAAGUAGCUGCCUAACUGGGCUCAAAAUUCACCUAUUUGCCUACCUUGCCCUGUGCGACACUGGGGAAUGUGGCACAUGCAUGAUGGGGAACAGGAAUAUUUUGUUGCUGUUAUAAGAUGGCAUCUAACAUGCAACCACGGUCCGAGACAGAUGUGUCAAACAAAGCUUGUCCUUUGGCCUCCAAGGUCAUCUGACCUGAAUCUUUUGGAUUUUUCUGUAUGGGUUUUCUCAAAAGUGAAGUGUAUAGAACUCCCGCUGAUAUAGCUGUGAAACUGGAACAGCGAAUUGUAAAAUGCUGUUAAGAGUUAUGAUACGACGUGGGUAUGUUUUAAGGAUUUUGCUGCUCGCAAUAGAGAUGAGUGCAGUAUUGCUUACAAAUGUGAGGAUGACAUGUGGAAUACAUUUUUUAACGGGCACAAAUGCAGAGUAAAUUGUGUCAAGUAACACGCUGUAGUAGUAUUGUAUUUAUUGUUAAGGUAGCACUAGAGCGAAAUUUGCAGCCAAUUAGAUGAGGAUAUCAGCGAGAAAUUAAAUUUAUGUAACAAGUUUGUACUAUUAGGACAAUAUUUCACAGUGGCAGCUUGUAACAACACAUUCUCAAUGAACUUGCAAAACGGCUCAUUUACUCGAACGUUUUUGCUUCUGUGAGUGUUGUCAUAUACUUUCACCCAUGUCUGCUUUCGCUACUUAUUAUUUUUCCCUCUAUAUAAAACUUUUGCACUUGGACUCUUUUUGCGCACAUUUCACUUUGGCGCCUCCAGCAGCCACUUGUGUUGCUUGGCCCUUAAACCUGCCCUAAUCGGUCAUAUUAUUUGUUAAUUAGUUAGUUAGUUUCAUGUUACAAUGGAUUAUUUGCAUGAUGAAUCAUAAUGAAGUGGAACAAGGAAUUUUACAUUCAAAUUGCAGAUUAAUUUGUAAA